AUGACCUUAGAUACGGAUUUCAUGGACGACUUGGUUAUCGACGUGGUGGGAGAAGAGAGCAAGGAUUCUACAGAAGAGAGCCAGUCUGAAUCACUCCAAGUGGAGACAGGAUUAGACUCGGAGUCUCUUACUGCCAGGUAUUGCGAAGGUGAUGAAAGAUAUCCGUCCGGACCAAAUAAAAGCGCCACAGUCAAGCCGCCUUACUCCUACAUCGCUUUGAUCACUAUGGCCAUUCUGCAAAGUCCCAAAAAGAGACUGACUCUCAGCGAGAUAUGCGACUUCAUCAGCCACCGUUUCGCCUACUACCGAGAAAAGUUUCCAGCCUGGCAGAACUCAAUCCGUCACAAUCUAUCACUGAACGACUGCUUCGUAAAGAUGCCACGAGAACCUGGCAACCCAGGCAAAGGCAACUACUGGACGCUGGACCCGAACUCAGCCGAUAUGUUUGAGAACGGCAGCUUCUUGCGCAGAAGGAAACGCUUCAAACGGCAGCACUUCCGAUUCAGCUUGCUUAAAGAGCACCCGUUGGAGCCCGUCGGGUUUCCCAGCAUCCAGUAUGGUGCUUAUGGACUCGGCUCGUCCUGUGUGCCCUUACCAAGCCUGGAUGUCUAUCCGUUUGGAUUCCGUCAUGCCGCACAGCCAUCGUGCCUGCCUGGAGCUCCACCUGGCACGGUUCUUCCAGCGCUGUCCACGUUCUUCUCUCGGAGUUCUCUCCAUAAUAAAGCUUACUCUCCAGACUCUUUAAGCCCCACACCGCUACACUCGAGUUCUGCAUAUGCACCCUCCGCUGUCCUCCAUCCCACCUCCUUCACCCCGUUUUUCAGUCUUCAGUACGACUACCAGAAACUACAGAACCUAAGCAGCCCUGAACUACUAAAUAAACGCGCUUAUCUAAACACUGUCGUUGACUAAAACAGAGUAUUUUUCUCAGGAAAUAAUGUUCAUGGCAUGUUGUGUUUUCAGAAGGCUGUGAGACUUUGAUGCCAUCCAGUUGGCAAUGACUUUUCCCCACGGUUUCAUUGGGAUUUCUAAGAGAGAGACGUCUGCAGUUUAUAAGCUGCUUUGAGUGAUUUUAAAAAUAUUUAAAUGACAAUACUUCUUUCU